GAGAAAAGCUGCACAGGAAGAGAAAGUCUCACCUACAUUAUAUUUAUCUGUCGUUCAGUCUGAAGCUCAGUCAGUCAGCAGCAGGACGACAUGGAGGUCACAGCUCUCUGCUUCAGACUGAUAAUAAAUACACUGAUGCUUCUGGCUGUAGAGGAUCAGCACGGUCACUGUGCUGAGAGGAAUGAUGCAGCUUCUCUUCGUAUCGUUCCAAACACACUGCAGCUCUUUGAAUAUGAGUCUCUCUUCUUUGACUGUGAGGGAUUUGAUCGUUUCACUGAGUGGAGAGUGAUGAAGAGGAUCAUGGGAACUGUAACAACAUGUGGUCUUGUCUGGGAGACGUCAAAUGGACCCUGCAGGAUUAAUCAUGCCUUUUCAACAGACAGUGGAGAAUACUGGUGUGAAGCUGGAGGAAUCAGAAGAAGCAGCUCUGUCAACAUCAGUGUCAGCACUGGUUCUGUGAUCCUGGAGAGUCCUGCUGUACCUGUGGUGGAGGGAGACUCUGUGACUCUGCGCUGCAGGAACAAGAUGACCUCCUCUGUCUUUAUAACCGACUUCUUUAAAGAUGGCAUCCAAAUUGAGACAGACUUUAAAGAAAACAUGACCAUCCUGAACGUUUCCAGGUCUGAUGAAGGACUGUACAGGUGCAGCAUCUCUGGAUCUGGAGAAUCAGCAGAGAGCAGACUGACUGUCAGAGCUCAGAUCUUUGAAGACCCUCCAUCGCUGCAUGAAGAGAUUCGUCAUCACUCUCCUGUUCUCAUCCUGGUGGUCACUGGGACUGCAGUGGCUCUGCUGUCGCUGGUGUUGGGACUAUUUCUUUUGUUGGUCUGUGUUUCCUCAAAGAAGUCGACAGCAAGAUCACAGUCAGCAGAAACAGGAGUUUCCAGCUUCACAGUGACGCCGGUCACUGACGCUCUCUCAGCAGGAAGAGAGACAACAGACGCAGAACCCUUUUAUUACACAAUCGAUUAG